AUGGAUAAAGAUCUUAAGAAAAGGAAGAGAACUUCUCUCGUUUGUGAACCUUGUCGUAAGAAGAAGAUCAAAUGUGAUAAGAAACAACCGUGCACCCCAUGUUUGAAGUCAAAAAAAAGUCAUUGUACUUAUGAUCCAGAAGCGUUAGAUGUUUUCAAGAAAUCAGAUGAAGUAUUACCCUACAUGUCAAGUGCAAAGAAUCCCUUAACAUUCAAUUCAGAAACAUCCAAACAACCCAAAAGAGACUCUUCAGUAGAACAGUCAGAUACAGAUAAUGGAAGUAGAUCAGAAAUCGAACUUCUUAAAGAAAAGUUAUCCAUGUUGGAGAAUACAUUACAACAACAGAAUCGACCGGAAAUAAUUCCUGCUUAUUCUACUAGGUUAGAACACAUGAAGAUAUUCCCCAAUGAAAAUAGACUGUUACCGGCAUAUGACUUUCAGUUAUUCAGUACACCAAAUAUACCCCAACCGACUUUACCUCACCCUGAAUUUGGCAAGUUUUCUAAUCAAUAUGGACAAUAUUCUGGAAUUCAAGGUUAUUAUCCACCAAACGGCGCUUCCAACGGGUUCCCAAAUCCCAAUCAAUUCUCCGGAUUGACUCCGGGUUCACUUCCCAGUAUAGCUAGUACAAGCACUUAUUCUCAAUCGAGAGGGGACAGUUUCAAGUCAGACCCCUUUUCUCCUAUGAACCCUGUUAAUGGGUAUUCAUCAGUAAGAGAUUCUUCAGUAAAACCAUCAGAUGAACUGAAAACUUUCCAAGCACCGGCUGGAUAUUUGAAUGAUAAAGCUUUCAACACUUUCAUUGAUGAUAAUUUAACCAGUUAUAACCCUUAUGGAUCUCCGGAAGAUACUAUCAGUUUCUUUGAAGGGUAUAGUUCGGUUCAUAUCAAGGAAGAUCUUCGUAGGGUAUCGUUCGGACCAUUUUCGUGGUCUUCUUUGAUGCUUAAAGAUCAAGGUUUGAAGUUAUUAUGGGAUUAUACGGUGAAAAUGGAAGUCACCAAUGCCAAAACAGCUUUGAUUUUUGUUCCUAGUGAUCAAGAAUUAAAUGUGGAAAACUCAAAAGUAUUGACAUCGACUACUACUGAAAGUGCUAUCGAUUUAGAUGAAAAAGUGUUCGAGAAAAGACUUCUUCAACCAGAAGGUAUUGAAGAUGUCAUGCCUUAUAACAUGAUCAAACAACAAGUAGAAGAGAAUCUUCAGAAAGCUGCUAAUAAUCAAUCAACUUUACCUUUAGGUCUUGCCUUUGUAAAUUCAAACUUAGAUAGUGAAUUAAGACUUAUAGAUAGAAUCAAUUUGUUCUUACCCAAACAAAGAGUUAUUUGGAAACUUAUUCAUAUUUUCUUCCUGGACUGUUAUCCAUUCAUGCCAUUCUUAGAUGAAAAGUUCUUCCGUGAAGAAAUCAGUAAGAUCAUAGGUGCCGCAGGAUGUGAAGAUGAAAAGAUUAAAGGGGUUGUCAUUGAGAAAAGAUUGGAUUUUGCCCAUGUAGGGAUUUUAUUAAUCAUCUUAAGAUUAGCAUACCUUUCCUUGUUCACCAAUAGAAAUGAUAUCAAUGAGAGAAGAUUGAAUUCUAAUGAUUUUGAUGAUAUUAUGGGUCCAAAGACUUACAAAUAUUUAUUAUCCAAUCCUAUAACUAUGAAUAUCAUCGAUGUAGCACAAGAAUGUCUUGAUCAGUUUAACAUCUUCAGAAAUCCUAGUAUACCGGUCUUACAACUUACUUAUUAUAUGAAGAUUUAUCAUACAUAUGCACCUGAAGAUGGAGAUGGAGCUGAUGGAGGUGAUUCGAGUUCUAUGUUGGCGAUAAUAAUUCAAAUGGCUACGUCUUUAGGGUUCAAUCGUGAUCCUGAUACUUAUACUGAUAGAAAUGGAGCACCCAAACCUUUGAAUAGUCUUAUCAGAAGAAUUUGGCACCAUUUAUUAUUGAAUGACGUUCACACUACAUACGCUUUUGGGUCAAAUAUAUUAGUCAAUAAAGGUUCUUACGAUACCAAGCUACCUGAAGUGAAAGAGGGGGAGCUUUGUUUGGCAGAUGCUAAAUUGGAUAGAUUCAUUGUAGAGUCUAUCAAUAAGAGUCAUAAAGUGUAUUCUUCAUUCAAAAAUAUGCUUGAAAAGAUGUUAGACGUUAAUAAUCCACCGAAGAUGAGUGAAAUUUGUCCAAUGCUUAGCAACUUGGAAACAACCGUGAAAUUCCAAUAUGGAUCAUUAGCUGAUUGUAUUGCACCCACCACCGAAGAGUUUAAUCAUUUCAACCGUAGUUUCAAAACCAAGUUCUUCUUAUCCUUGAAAGCGUUCUUAGUAGGAGUGUACUUCUAUUUUUAUCUUUACUAUGAACCAAAGAAUUUCGGGUUAUCAUUCUUCUACUUGAAGAAGUUGUUAUUAGUAGCUGUAGGGGAAGUUAUGCCAUUUUAUGGAACUUUCAUCGGGAACAUCAGAUGUGACAUGUUUAUCAAUCCAACCUUUGAACAGUUCAUUCAUAAGUCCAAUCAGGUUUUUAUUGCCUUACUUAUCAAGCUUAAUUUCGUCAUUUAUACUAUGAAGAUUAAAGCUGAUCAUGAAUCAAGAUGUCAGAAUGAUCCUAAAUACUUGAAGUACUAUAAAGCAUUAUGUAGAACAUCUUCAUGUAUUACCAGAUGUUUGGAAGUAAGUAUUUCAGCCAUAGCUAAAAUUUCCAAUAGAUAUUAUUAUGCUUGGAGAAUUACUAAGGGACAUACAGCUUUAUUGAGGUUGAUUACGAAGAAAGAGUUUUAUCGUGAUAAUCUUACCAAAGCUGGCUCAUUGGCUACUGCAGUAUAUUCUGUAGAACAAUUAGAAGAGAUUAUCAAUUUAUGUGAAGCUUCCUUGAAAAGAGUACAGUAUUUCGAAUCCAUAGAAAAAUCUCAAGCUGACACUCCAUAUGCCGAUACUCCAGGGGUGAUUAAACCCCCAACAUCCAAUGAAAAUGUUCCCACAAAUCCUCCGACAGUUGAAGAUAAAUCAGAAUCAAUGCCUAACUCAGUAUUAUCUACUGAUUCAGAUGAUUCCCUUGGUAAAUUUAAUCUUGAUGUUUUGGAAGAUGCUGAAGUUGAUAAGAUAUGGUUAGAAUUGUUAUCUUCCAAAAUCGAGAAUGUCGAACCUUCUAUCAAUUUGGAUAUCUUCAACAAUACCACUCUUGAGAAGUUGUUUGAAUAA